AUGUUGACUGAGACAAACAAGAAAGAUCUGUCGGGGAAACUAGCUGUUGCUGAAUCGGAGAACGAGAGGCUACGUGUUGCCAACAAGAUGUUGACUGAGACGAACAAGAAACUUAAUAAAAGUCGCAUAGCAACGAAUGUUUUAACAGUGGAUAAGGCGUCAGACACAAGUGAUGAUGAUGAGGUCAAAACGAGAACUGUAUCAAAACGAGAACCGAUAGUAGAACGUUCUUUCAGCGUGCUCAACAAGAAAUUUGGAAAUCUCAAAGCUAAGUUCGAUGACUUGAAAAAAGUGAAACCACGGUUAGUAGAAGUACUGGAGGCAAAGGACAAAUUAGAGACAGAAAACAGUUCUCUUGUUAAACAGACAAUUGAGAUAGCCACCCAUGUGACUGAGCUACGUGAUACCAAGGAAGAACUUCAACAGAAGUACCAACAACUGAAAGAAAACCACAAACAAGUUGCUGGGGAUGCUACUGAUUCCGACGCCGACAGCGCCACGGAAUGUGACGACGCCGAUUCAUGGUGCAGCAGUUUCGGAAGCCACAGUGAUUUGAACUCGAGUGUUUCUGGGGAUUCCGAUUGGCGCAGUAAAUUUAAACGAUGCGCAACUCCGUACCCCGAUUUCAGUUUGAAGGUGAAACACGACGAGGUAGAUGAACUGUUGAGAGAACUCGACGAGCUCCUAGGUGCCACUGACGGAAAAGCAAAAGGAGAUUCUACCAGUUCUGGCAAUGUCUCAAAGCGCCGUCAACGGCUCAUCAACCUGUCAGCCGAAGGAAUCUUCAACGAAAACUACACAUGGCCGCUAUUCGCUUUCAUGGUUUCUGUAUGCUGCUACUUGUUAGGUAGUUGUACAGCACACCUUUUCAAUUGCAUUUCCGAACAUGCACGUCAUGUCUGUUUCUAUUUUGACUAUGCAGCAAUCAGUCUUUAUAGCGUUGGGGCAGCCAUUGCUUAUAGACAAUAUGUCUUUCCAAAUGAAAUGAUCGGAGGCUGGUAUUACAGCCUGUUCCACUAUAUUGCUGCUUUCAACAGCGUAGUCUGCACAACCAUGGCUUGUACUUCAAGAUUCGGCAAUCGUGAGAUACUCAAAAAGAUUUUGCGGUUGUCUGCCUUUGCCUACCCCUACGUAUUCGAUAGUAUUCCUCUGGUCAUACGUUUGACUUCGUGUCACUCUAACGAUUGCUGGGAUGAGUCGUACGAGCUUCAUGCACGCCAGUUCUUCCUUGCCUUCAUCACAGCUAGCUUCUUUGCGUCACACUUCCCAGAAUGCAUUGCUCCAGGAAUGUUCGAUGUCAUUGGCCACAGCCACCAGCUAUUUCACAUUUGUGGCGCCUUGGCAACCAACACCCAACUCAAUGCACUGAUGCUAGACAUGGAAAACCGCAGAGAAUUCUUCGAGCAGCAUGAUGCUAUGCCUACAUUUUUCUCAUCCUUGGGUUUAUUCGGCAUUGUCAUAAUAAUGAAUCUGAUUAUUGUUGCCAUCUUUUCUUACUUCCGCAAGUAUCCCCUUGUGUUCAAGGAAAUGACUGGCUCUGCUUUAUACAGAAUUGCUAGUAGUGCACAACUCUUCGCUUUAAAUAAUAAUAACAACAAAAAAAGUUUGUGAUGUUAUCAUGGUUAUCAUGUUAGCUUUGUAGUGCUAACAUUUUUAUUGCCUCCAUAAUGCCUCGAUAUUUUAAAAGCUUCUGUUUUUUUGUUUUUUUUUACUUUUUUUUUUUAGAUGUGUGAAAUAAGACCAUAGUACAGGUUCAAAGGCAAUGUUUUUUAGGUCAUUGAAUGAUUGAAUUUAAAAUUGCAUUCUGCUGUAGAGUCGUUGCUAUGUCUGAAAUGAAGCCCUGCAUAUGAAUGAAGGUUGCUGUUUGACUCUCAGAAUGCAUCAUAUCUUAUUUGAAUACAAAAGAAUGGUGACAUCACUUCCAAUUAAUCAGCAAUUCAUUCAUGAUGUACACAUACGAGGUGAGAAAAACCAUGAAAGAAACCUCUAUGCCUACAGGGCUUCAUGACUUUAUCAAUAAUAACCAACCUUGGAGUUUUAUUACGUAAAAAAUUUUUUUUUUCAUUUUGCAUAUACCAGUAAUUAUAAUUUUAGAGUUUAAUCCUUUCACACACAAAAAAUAAAACCCCAAAAAAUGGUUGAACUUUGCUCAAAGAGAUACUGUAAAACAUGUUGAAAAAGCGGCAUGCAAUUUUAGCGAAUUGUGGUAAAAUGACGUAAUAGCGAAAUGUUGAUUUAGCGAAUCUCUCUUGUCAUUGUUUAUUUCUUUGUU